ACAGAAGUGAUUUUGACUUGUUAAGAGUGGACAGGUUAAGGGACUCCCAGGAAUAUCAGGUUAGUUUCAACCUUUCAAUACAACCCAAAUGGAGUAAAUGUGUUUGGGACUAUGUUUGCGACUAUGCGUGUCUUGAUUACAUUUCUUUUAAAAUUAAUUAUAAAGUAUCAGACAACACAUUACCUAGGAUUUAAUGGAGAGCUUUUCUGGGUAUGGCUUAUCAUCAAUCAGCGUGAGCUCCCUGGACAGAAGAGUAGGCAACCCCAGCAGGCAGGAGAUAAACCAGAUGCUGGCACAGACUACAUAUGCACAGUCUGUCCUUCUGAAUUUCCUGGAUACGACUGGCCACACAAUGGCCAGGUAGCGGUCAACACUCAUGCAAGUGAGCAGGAGGACACUGCAGUGCAUAUUGACGGAGAUCAUGUAGGAGCUCCCUUUGCACAGGAAGGAGCCCGUCCUCCACAGUCCUAGAGAUGCUUCUUUAUCCACCCAGAGAGGCAAUGUGACAAGAAAAAUGAAGUCAGAGGCAGCCAGAUUGAUGAUAAAGAUGUCGAUCAGUCUUCGGCUGCCGGGUUUGAAAUGCAACGCUCCCAUGAGAACAAGGUUCCCCAGCACUCCAGUCAGGAACACAGCUGUGUAAAAGACUGGAAGGAAGACAGAGGUGUAAGGAACAUGGGAGUGGGUCUCCCUGAUGUCAGAGUUUGGGCUCGUAGCAUAGUAAUAAUCCAAAUAAACUGAAGUUUCUUCUGGGUCCAUCACCAAAGAGCAGAUGCCAAAUCUGAGCAGUCUGAAUGCCAGAAUGGAUAACCGUUUUGCUACAGCAUUUGUAAUUGCUUGUGUGCUUAGCCUCAUUUCCACCAUCUACAUGGCAGCCUCCAUUGGCACAGACUUCUGGUAUGAAUAUCGAAGUCCAGUUCAAGAAAAUUCCAGUGAUUUGAAUAAAAGCAUCUGGGAUGAAUUCAUUAGUGAUGAGGCAGAUGAAAAGACUUAUAAUGAUGCACUUUUUCGAUACAAUGGCACAGUGGGAUUGUGGAGACGGUGUAUCACCAUACCCAAAAACAUGCAUUGGUAUAGCCCACCAGAAAGGACAGAGUCAUUUGAUGUGGUCACAAAAUGUGUGAGUUUCACACUAACUGAGCAGUUCAUGGAGAAAUUUGUUGAUCCCGGAAACCACAAUAGCGGGAUUGAUCUCCUUAGGACCUAUCUUUGGCGUUGCCAGUUCCUUUUACCUUUUGUGAGUUUAGGUUUGAUGUGCUUUGGGGCUUUGAUCGGACUUUGUGCUUGCAUUUGCCGAAGCUUAUAUCCCACCAUUGCCACGGGCAUUCUCCAUCUCCUUGCAGGUCUGUGUACACUGGGCUCAGUAAGUUGUUAUGUUGCUGGAAUUGAACUACUCCACCAGAAACUAGAGCUCCCUGACAGUGUAUCCGGUGAAUUUGGAUGGUCCUUCUGCCUGGCUUGUGUCUCAGCUCCCUUACAGUUCAUGGCUUCUGCUCUCUUCAUCUGGGCUGCUCACACCAACCGGAAAGAGUACACCUUAAUGAAGGCAUAUCGUGUGGCAUGAGCAAGAAACUGCCUGCUUUACAAUUGCCAUUUUUAUUUUUUUAAAAUAAUACUGAUAUUUUCCCCACCUCUCAAUUGUUUUUAAUUUUUAUUUUAUUUGUGGAUAUACCAUUUUAUUAUGAAAAUCUAUUUUAUUUAUAUACAUUCACCACUAAAUACACACUUAAUACCACUAAAAUUUAUGUGGUUUACUUUAAGCGAUGCCAUCUUUCAAAUAAACUAAUCUAGGUCUAGACAGAAAGAAAUGGAUAGAGACUUGACACAAAUUUAUGAAAGAAAAUUGGGAGUAGGAAUGUGACCCAAAACAAGUUGUGCUAAUGUCUGUUAGACUUUUCAGUAAAACUAAAGUAACUGUAUCUGUUCAACUAAAAACUCUAUAUUAGUUUCUUUGGGAAACCUCUCAUCGUCAAAACUUUGUGUUCACUUUGCUGUUGUAGAUAGCCAGUCAGCCAGCAAUAUUAGUGCUGUUUUCAAAGAUUUAAGCUCUAUAAAAUUGGGAAAUUAUCUAAGAUCAUUUUCCCUAAGCAUUGACACAUAGCUUCAUCUGAGGUGAGAUAUGGCAGCUGUUUGUAUCUGUACUGUGUCUGUCUACAAAAAGUGAAAAAUACAGUGUUUACUUGAAAUUUUAACUUUGUAACUGCAAGAAUUCCAGUUCAGCCGGGCGAGGAUUAGUAUUAUUUUUAACUCUCCAUAAGAUUUUCAGUACCACCAAAUUGUUUUGGAUUUUUUUUCUUUCCUCUUCACAUACCAGGGUUAUUAAAAGUGUGCUUUCUUUUUACAUUAUAUUACAGUUACAAAGUAAAAUUCCCCAACUGCUAUUUAUUUAUUCCAGCCCAGUACCAUAAAGAACGUUUCACCAUAAUGACCCUCCAGAGCUGGGAAACCUACCACAAGAUCUAAAGUUCUGGCUGUCCAUUAACCUCCAACUAUGGUCUUUAUUUCUUGUGGUAAUAUGAUGUGCCUUUCCUUGCCUAAAUCCCUUCCUGGUGUGUAUCAACAUUAUUUAAUGUCUUCUAAUUCAGUCAUUUUUUUAUAAGUAUGUCUAUAAACAUUGAACUUUAAAAAACUUAUUUAUUUAUUCCACUACUGUAGCAAUUGACAGAUUAAAAAAAGUAACUUCAUAAUUUCUUACCAUAACCUCAAUGUCUUUUUUAAAAAAUAAAAUUAAAAAUGAAAAGAGACUCAA